GAGGUGGACCACUUUUUAGCCAUUUUAGGACUAAAAAAACCUGCUAAUUCUUCAUUUAUACGGACAAAAAUACCGGACCACUUUGAAUUAGAAGCCGAAGCGAUUGCCGGAAAUCAACAUAAUAAGCAAGAAUUAACUCUAGCCUAUGAUUUAACAAAUAGAAAAGUAGUAGGUAAAAUAGAUUUAUCGCCAUUCACUAACUUGGAAAAGUUAGACAUUCGUGCUGGUAUUUUCCCCCAUUUAGAUACUAGCAAGUGUGCCGGACUUCCCAUUAGGGAAUUAAUAAUUUACACUUCUUCUGACACUGAGGAUUUUGAUUUGAAAGAUUUUCCUAAUCUAGUUAAACUUUCUGCCUUUGGGUAUGAUCCAAUAAGGAAUUUAGAUUUAACUGCUAACACUAAAUUGGAAGAAAUUGAACUCAGCGGUGAAACUGCUCGAACUCUGGACUUAAAAACCUUUUCUCACUUAACUAACUUAAAAAAAUUGGAAUUAGGUUAUGCCAAUGGUUCUUUUAAAUCUUUGGAACAUUGCACUAAUUUAGAAUAUUUGUGA